CCUCCAACCUUUCUCUCCUCCCCAAGAAGUCCUCGCAGCUAGAGAGAGAGAGAGACAAGCGGAGCGGGAGCGGCGGCCAUGGCGCGGGAGUUGAGCAAGAAGAACCUGGAGCUGGUCCUAAUGCAGGCCAUGAUGGCCGCCAAGAACGUGCGCACGCAGCGCGACCGCCUCCUGGAGCUCCACCGCCGCCUGGAGCGCCACCAGGCCGAGGCCGCCCCCGCCGACGCCGAGGCCAAGCUCGGGCAGAUCGCCUCGGACGUCUUCACGGUCUACUACCUCGGACUGGAUCCCGGCUCCAAGAUGCUCUGGGUCUGCCUCGACACCGCCGUCAAGAACCGCGCCGUCUCCACCGUCAACAUCGCCUUGGCGCGCAUGCCCGACGAGCAGCUCUACGACGCGCUCCUCGCGCAGAAGCUCCCCGCCCGCCCCACCACCCAGGCCCAGGCCAUCGCCCGCGUCGAGUCCGCCAUCCUGGCCCUCAAGAUGCUCGAGGAGCACCACCUCCCGCGCUGCGUCGAGUGCCUCGUCGGCGGCCAGGCCCCCAUCCCCGGCAAGCGCCGCGACCCGGUCGCCGCCGCCACCGAGAGCCUCGCCAAGGCCGAUCUGUCCGACGCCACCGCCAAGCCCCGUCACGUAGCCAGCGCCGCCGACGUGGACAAGGCGCUCGACUACCUGUGCCGCGCAAACAGGAUCACGGCCCUCGCCAUCAAGCACAUCGACCUCGCCGUCGCCGUCCUCUCCCGCUUCCUCGGCCCCAAGGAGCUCGCCCGCCUCGCCGAGUUGACCGACCGUGCCGCCUACCUAGGAGUUGAGAUUAGCCAGCCCACUGGCACUACUUCACCUGAUCCAUGGAGGCUGUCGACAUGGGACUGAUCCCUUUGAAGCCAUGCUCCUCCUAUCACUCAUUCGUCUAUCAUCUUCAAUCAUUAUGCAGACUUGUGGUUUCAGUUCAGUUUGGUCAGAUUAAUUUGCUGCUAUCUGUGUUUAACUAAUUCCUGGACGGCCGUGGCAAUCUAUAUUUUCUUGAUCUAUUAGGGGUAAUAAACAUAGCACUCCUAGUAGUGUAACAUUGAACUGGAUCGAAUCGAAUUGCAGGAGCUAUCUUAAUUAAUUAGCUUCAAUAUCAUAGCUGCUUCUUGUUCAUGGA